GGCAACGCUAGUAAAACAAUAGCAGUUCUGUGAGGUGUCGGGUGCCCUAAAGUGAAUCCGUUUUGUGUUUAUAAAUUUUGAUUAAUUAAUUGCGAAGCCGUAUAAUAAAAACUUUGGUGCAUUCCCGUUGUUAGUGGCACACCAUGGAGGAUCCAAAUCGUAUGAUGGCACACACAGCCGGCGGCAUGAUGGCUCCACAAGGCUAUGGGAUGCCUGGGCAAGACGAUGGCCAGAAUGCUGGUAAUGAAAAUGAAGUUCGCAAGCAGAAGGACAUAGGCGAAAUAUUGCAACAGAUAAUGAGUAUUUCGGAGCAAUCACUAGAUGAGGCACAGGCCAGGAAACACACUUUAAAUUGCCAUCGUAUGAAACCGGCUUUGUUUUCAGUGCUGUGCGAAAUUAAAGAAAAAACCGUUCUAUCAAUUCGUAAUACCCAGGAAGAGGAACCACCAGAUCCCCAAUUGAUGCGUUUGGAUAAUAUGUUGAUUGCUGAAGGUGUUGCUGGUCCUGAGAAAGGUGGCGGUGGAGCAGCUGCUGCUUCCGCUGCUGCAGCCAGUCAAGGUUCUUCCCUGUCAAUUGAUGGAGCAGAUAAUGCCAUUGAACAUUCAGAUUAUCGUGCUAAGCUUGCUCAAAUCCGACAAAUAUACCAUCAAGAACUGGAGAAAUAUGAACAGGCAUGCAAUGAAUUCACUACUCACGUAAUGAAUCUACUCAGAGAGCAGAGUCGCACCAGACCUAUAACUCCCAAAGAAAUUGAGCGUAUGGUACAAAUUAUCCACAAAAAAUUCAGCUCGAUUCAAAUGCAGUUGAAGCAGUCUACUUGCGAAGCAGUAAUGAUAUUGCGAUCACGGUUCCUAGAUGCCCGACGUAAGCGUCGUAAUUUCAGUAAGCAAGCGUCGGAAAUCUUAAACGAAUAUUUCUAUAGUCACUUGAGCAAUCCUUAUCCAUUCGAGGAAGCCAAAGAAGAAUUGGCACGUAAAUGCGGUAUAACAGUAAUGUCACAAGUUUCUAAUUGGUUUGACAAUAAACGUAUACGAUACAAGAAGAAUAUUGGUAAAGCUCAGGAAGAAGCAAAUCUAUACGCUGCAAAGAAAGCAGCUGGAGCCUCACCAUAUUCAAUGGCCGGCCCACCUAGUGGUACAACUACUCCAAUGAUGUCACCAGCACCACCUCAAGAUUCUAUGGGUUAUUCCAUGGGAUCUGGCGGUUAUGAUCAACAACAGCCCUACGACAACAGCAUGGGUGGAUAUGAUCCCACCUUGCAUCAAGACCUCAGUCCUUGA